GAAAUACUAUAUUGUAUAACAACUAAAAAUUAAUAUUAAUCAAUUUACACUUUAAAGACUGAUUUUAAAUAUAUUAUUGUCAUGCCACCUAAGAAAAAUGCCAACACCAAAGGUCCCAAGAGUAGCUCCAAAGCAGACGAUGAAGGCAAAGGAAAGGAGAAAAAAGGAGGUGGUUCAUCAACUGUAAAAGUGAGACAUAUUUUGUGUGAAAAACAGUCAAAAGUGUUGGAAGCAAUGGAAAAACUUAAGGCGGGUGCAAAAUUUAAUGAAAUCGCUACAUUGUACAGUGAAGACAAAGCUAGACAAGGAGGUGAUUUAGGCUGGAUGAUUCGUGGCUCAAUGGUUGGUCCAUUUCAAGAUGCUGCAUUUGCUCUACCUGUAUCAAGUCUUGCCAAUCCUGUUUAUACCGACCCGCCUGUCAAAACUAAAUUUGGUUACCAUAUUAUUAUGGUUGAAGGAAAAAAAUGAUAAUUGUUGUUGUUUUUUACAUAAUUUUCUAUAUAAAUGUGUACUUCUGUUUACUUACAAAAACUGUAUAAAGCAUAUAUUUACAUAUGCAAGUAUAAAAUAAGUAUAAAAUGUGUCAACUAUGUAAGUACAAUAAA